AUGUACAGAGAUCGUGUCCCUUACCAACGACAUACUCACAUGGUCCACUACUUGGUCAUGGGAAGGUAUCUCAUGCGAUGUCAAGAGUUUCGCAAACGCUGCAUAUACUAUUACUCCAAAGCAGUUGAUUAUACCGGCUCCAACAUCGUAGCAGACGUUGCCUACAACCUAUUUACCAGCUACAGCGCCAGCGGUAGCGCCCAAUACGAAAUCAUGAUCUGGCUCGCUGCUCUCGGAGGCGCAAAUCCUAUCUCAUCCUCAGGAUCAACAAUCGCAACCCCUACGAUUGGAGGUAUAACUUGGAAUCUCUACAGUAGACCCAACGGUGCUACUACAGUGUACGGCUUCGCGGCUAGUAGUGAACAAUCUUCGUAUUCAGGGAAUCUGCUGGAUUUCUUCAAGUAUUUGGAGGAUUAUGAAGGAUUUAGUUCGAGUCAGUAUUUGUUGUCCGUCCAGGCUGGGACGGAGCCGUUUACGGGACCCAAUGCGGAGCUGUAUUCGACCUAUUGUUACUGUGGAGUGAUAUGA